UUCCCCAAGGACAGGGGACUGGCCAGGCAGAGGAUAGAGAUGGGUGGCUCAGCGCCUCCAAGCCAUUCCUGGAGCUUUGACUGCCCGGAGCCCAGGCUCAUGAGAAACAGCCUCUCCCCCAUACCUGGAAGACUGGGACCCCUCCUUGGGGUGGUGAGGAGGCGGGGCUCUCCGCAGGCCCCUCCCCCAUCUCGGCAAGAGUGCCCACAGCCCCUCCGCUGCUUGGGGUCCCACUGAGGCCGGGUGGGGAGCGCCACCUUGGACACUUCCGUGCCUGCCCUGCAGGGGCCGCUCCAGGGUCCCGGAGCACAGCGCCCCCUGGAGAGGCUGUGCCCGACCUGAGGCGCCGGCGUGUCAGGGUCUGCCUCCUGCAGCUUCCCCCUGGAGUGAGUGCAGAGGCUGCAUCCCUAGGAAGGACUAUCUUACGCCUGGCCUGCCCACUGCUGUCGCAAGCUGCAGGCUGCUGCCCCAAGUGUACAGAUGAAUCCGAGUUCUAACAAGCAAAAACCAAACAGAGUGACCUUUGAGCCAUUGACAUUACAAGUCUCUUGGAAGUCCAACUUACCGGGAUUGUGCCAAUCAGAAAGAGAAGCCUUUGAGUUCAUAGUGGAAUUUCUAGAAGAAGAACAUAUGUCCGAGUUCGCCAAGCUGAAGUUCCUGAGGGCUGUGGAAACCUUGAGUAGUGCUGUGCAUGCCCAAGCAGAUGGCAAUAUGGACAAUUACUAUCCCAAAGCCAUCCUGGCCCAGAAAAUUGAGUCAGGUGAAUCCACCAUUCCACUUGUUCCAAAAACUGGAUCUGGUAAAUGUGGGCGUCUCCAGCCUGUUCUCUCUGCCGCCCAUCGUGCCCAGCCUGUACCGAAGAGACAAUGCGAGUCUCUACCUCCAGAGGUAGGGGACAAGGAGAUAGGGGAGUGCCCCCAGGGAGCCGAGCUGGCACCGUGGCAGUCUGUUCUGGACACUCCCUAUCUCUUCACUUGUCGGACGGUCCAGGCCUUAGACGACAUGUUGCCGGCUCUUGUGAUGGACAGUAUGAACCCCAGCAUGCUCAUACUACAAAACUUCCUGGAGAUCAUCUUACCUUGGUCAUUACUGUCAGACAAAGUGCACGAACAGAUGAGGGCCUUGGGCACUAUUUCCCGGCUGCUGAGGUUUAUUUGCAAUUUCCCCGGACUGUCACACAUGGAGGAAUUCUCGAUGAGUGGGAAACUGAUGAGCAUCUUCGGCCUCUUCGUCAUGGGCUGCAACCACGAGAUCAGCAUAGAGGCAUCAGAGGCGUUGCAUUAUCUGUUCAAAAUCCUUGUGCUUCAGAGAAUUCUUCAAGAAAUACCUGACCCCUGAGGAGAGAGCAGAUAUGAUCAUGGUGAGCAUGGAGGCCAUGACCAACACCAGCAGGCAUGACAUCUCUGCGGCUUCCAAGAUGUUAAAGAUGAUCCUGAAGUACACAAUUCCAGAGAUCGGGAAGGUAGCAGCUCUGGGGGACCUAAUGGUUCAAGGUGCCGGAAAUCAUCCAGUACCUUUACUACCUCAUGAACAGCAUUACAGAAACCACAGCCCAAAAGACCA